UUCUUGUACUGAGUUUCAGGGGGGAACAAAACAAAGAUCGGACUCACUAGCAUGUAGCUUAUGGAGACGAUGCCCAUCCCUCGGUAUGUUUUUUGCGAACCGUGUUGUGUUCUGUGAAUUUUGAGGAGCCACAAGCUGACAAAUGGAGGAUCUCAGCGUUUAAUAAACUCACUGGAGCGCGAAUCUGAGCCGCCAAUGAAGCUAAAACACGAAGAUACGGAAGUAAAUGUGGAGGGGCUGCCGCAGGAAGGCAGGGUGAACAUCGGUGCUACCUUCCCCAGGUGGAAAGCACUGAAGAGGGACAAAUGUUUCCAGACUGACGCUGAACUUGCGUGUUUUCUGCUGGACAGCUAUGAGAGAAGUGCCACACCAUCGUCUGCUAUGAAUGGAAAAUUUUCAGAUCUUCAGCAGCUGUUGCCAGUUAAAGAAGAGGUUCGCUGGAGUCCCAGUCUGGACCAGCAGGACACAGACCUUCAUCACAAAAAUGAGCUUCAUCAAAGGCCUCUGACCAGCUGCUCAGAUAAACAAAUAAAAGCAGAAACUGAUGGAGAGGACUGUGGAGGACCAGGAUCAGCCACUGACCCAAACCCACAACAGAGUCCUGAUUCUCUUGAGAUGGAAGUCAGCUUUGGUGAUAAAUUGCAUAAACCUGAAAUUGAAGACAGUUAUGAUGGUAGAAAGAAGAGCAGGACACUUGAGUCAGGCAAAAAUGAAGAUCUGGAAUUUAACAGUGCCAACACAUCCUUCAACUGCUCUGACUGUGGUAAACAUUUCCUUUAUAGGCAAACUCUUCAGAGACAUGUGACAAGUCAUUUGGGAAAAAGGACAAAUAAAAAAUGUUUUAAAAUGAAGCAAAAUCCACAUUCACAGAUGGCGGGCCACAAAGAAGAGAGACUGUUUGAUUGUGAUGUCUGUGGACAUAAAUUUAAGAGAGAAGCAAAUCUUACAACACACAUUAGAGUUCACACAGGCGAGAAACCAUUUAGCUGUAACGUUUGUGGAAAAAAAUUUAGACAUCAGUAUAAUCUCUAUAGACAUUUGAAAAUCCACACUGGAAAGAAAUCAUUUAGUUGUGCUGUUUGUAAUAAAACAUUUUCACAACGGUGGGACCUGAAAAGACACAAGAUUGUCCACACAGGAGAGAAACCCUUUAACUGUAGUAUGUGUGGCAAAAAAUUUACACAGAGGAAUCAUUUUAAGAGACAUAUUAGGGUCCACACUGGGGAGAGACUGGUUGGUUGUGAUAUCUGUGGUAAAAGAUUUAACUGUAAGAAAAACCUAAAGACACACAUGAAAGUUCACACAGGAGCAAAACCAUACAGCUGUGAUAUUUGCAAUAAAAGAUUUUCACAACCAGGAAUUUUGAAAAGACACAGGAGCAUCCACACAGGAGUUAAGAGCCUUCGACCAGAUGAACCAAGACGUCUUGGUUUGAUGGCACUCGUGACACAAUCAGCUGCUUCAGAAAUGGUGCAGACACAAGUCUUGAACAGAGUAGGUAAGUGAAGCACAUUCAAUUGCAUUUGUUGUAGCGUAUUAACAUAUAACUCGUAUGGGCUAUCAAAACGCAUUAUUUUCACAAUAGUGUAUAGCAGGUAAUUGUGCUUUCUUCCAAAGCAUUAGGGAUUUUCUGACAGUGGGGAUUUACUCCAAAAAUACACUGUCUGCAGCUGCAUGACAUUCUGGCUCUGACACGGCCAGGAUGAUGCUUCUCGUUCCAACAGAUGUGUUUCACAAACAUCCCAGAACUGACACACUGUUCCAUUUGCUUAAAAUAGACUUCUUUUUUUUUUUCUAACUGAAGCCAUGUCAAGCUGUACAGAUCAGUUGGGGAGGACAGGCAAAUAGCCAGAUGAGUGACAGGGAGAAUGCAGUAAAUAUUGAAAAUAAAAGAACCCACACAUGCUAAAUACUCCAGUCUAUGGACAUUUGUGUUUCUGGGUUCCCUGCAGAUGGUCAGCAGACGUUCCUGAUUAAAGAGGAGUUUCCCUUGAGCCCCUUUGUGGACCAGCAGGACUCAGACCUCUACCAGAUAAAGGCAGAACAGAAGGAACUCUUCACCUGUCGUGAGGGAGAGCACUUUAAUGGGCUGCAGGAAACUGAUAUUACCAGGUUUCCAGUCACUGCAAUUCGAGUGAAAAGUGAAGAUGAUGAAGAGAAACCUUACUGCUCGCAACUUAAUCAAGACAACAAUGAUUCAGAGCCUCCAAGCAGCUGCUCAGACAAACAAAUAAAGUCAGAAACUGAUGGAGGGCACUGUGGAGAGCCAGACCCUGACAAAAACCAGUCUGGUCAUUUAAAACAAAAUACUGAUGGAAAAGUUUCUGACUCUUGUGAAACUGAAGUCAGUAUUGAUGAUGAUGAUGAUUGGCAGGAGCCUUUGACAGACUCUGGACCAGAAACUGAAGUCAGUAGUAAUGGUGGGAAGGACAGCAGGGCUCUUGAUUCGGGUUUAAAGUGUAAACGGUCUCUUCAGAAACAUGUGAUCAGUAGUUCAGGGAGAAGGUCUUCAUGCUGUUUAGCUAAUAAGAAAUGCUUAAAAGUGAACCGAACUGAUUUAGAAGGAAUCCAAACAGAAGAUAAACCAUUUGGCUGUGAUACUUGUGGACAAAGAUUUAAUCAAAAUGCACAUCUAAAGACCCACAUGAGAAUCCACACAGGAGAGAAACCAUUCCGCUGUAACAUUUGUGAAAAAAUAUUUAGACAUCAAUACAACCUUAACAGACACAUGAGAGUCCACACGGGAGAUAAACCAUUUAGCUGUGGUGUUUGUGGACAAAAAUUUAACCGUAACACAAAUCUCAAGACGCAUAUGCGGAUUCACACGGGGGAGAAACCAUUUGGUUGUGGUCUUUGCAGUAAAAGAUUUUCACAGCCUGGGGAUCUGAAAAGACACAUGAGUGUCCACACAGGUGAGAAACCAUUCAAAUGUAGCAUUUGUAGUAAAAGAUUUACGCAGAGGAUUCAUUACAAAAGUCACAUGAGCGUUCACACAGGAGAAAGACCAUUUGGUUGUGACUUGUGUGGCAAAACAUUUAACAGAGAAGGAAAUCUGAAAAUCCACAAAAGAGUCCACACAGGGGAGAAACCUUUUGGUUGUGAUAUUUGUGGACAAAAAUUUAACCAAAGCACAAAUCUGAAGACACACAUGAGAGUCCACUCUGGAGAAAAACCUUUCCACUGUAGCAUUUGUGGAGAAAGAUUCACGCGAGAGGGAAGUCUGAGGAGACACAUGAGACGCCAGGGAAUGAACCAUUUGAUUGUGGUGAAAAGUUUACAUGACAGUAAUCAUAAUGUAAUUAAAUGAAUAUUUUUUUAAUAUAUGUUGACAAAACAUAUAUAAUGCAAUGGUGGUUUUUCAGUAUUUCUAAUUAUGUUAUUUAUUAUAAAUCUGUAAAUUAUAUAAUACUAAACAAUAAAACUGGGGGGAG